AUGUUUGGUAUUGUAACAUACGGAAUUGCUGCUAUCGAGAACAGUGAACUUUGUAUGUGCAUAAUAUGCGACGAAAUAUUGAGAGCGAAAAGUGUAAGCGAUAUCGCGCUUCAUUACGAUACAAAUCACACUUUUUGUUUCGAUAAAUCACAUACGGAUGUUGUUAAAUUUCUUCGACCAAAGGCCAUCGCGAAGACAGAUCCAAAAACGUUUAUCAAAGAAGAGACAAGCUUCUGUCUUCGGAUGUCGGAACAUAUUGUCAAAUCCACGGCGGGGUAUAUAAUAACAGAAACUAUGAUCAAAUUACCUGAAUUUGAAGAUGUAUUCGAAGCAAUCCUAGAAGAUACUGCAGAGUAUACAACAGAUAAAUUGUUAUUUAACUGCGUAAGAAAAAUGUCCUCUGACAUCAAGAGACAAUUGAUCGAAAAGGUAUGCGAUAAGAAAUUUUCGCUACAGUACGAAGUAACCGAGGAUUACGAACUUCUGAUUAACAUCAGAUUCUUGAACGAGAAUCGUGUCGCCGAACACUUCUUAUCGUACACGAAAUUAUCCACGACCGCGACUGGAUUGGACAUAUUCAACUGUAUAACAACGAGGUUGGGAGAACAUAUGCUGUGUUGGGAGAACUGUGUAUCGUUAUGCGUCGCUGGGGUGUCAGUAAUGUGCGACAGGAUCGGAGAAUUUUAUUGCAAGUUGAACGAAAGUUGUCCGACUAUCGAGUACAUGAGAUGUUUCACGUUUCGAGAUGAAAUUCUGACGGAGAGAAUGCCUAUGGAGCUGGAGCAAGUACUAGAUUCGGUAGCCGAGAUGGUUAGGUACAUCGUAUCCUCACGAGUUGGAUUAAAAGUGUUAAAGGUCCUGUGCGAGGUUUUGGGCCCUCAUUAUGAAACAGUAAUCAUUCACACCGAUUACUGGAUGUUCACUAACGAACUACUCGCAAAAUUCUACGAACACAGAAACGACUUGGCAGACAUUUUUGGUGAUAAAAAACCUGCCUUUGCGGUCUUACUUAAAGACAAAGAAUGGUGUUCAAAACUUGCAUAUCUAGUUGAUAUUUUUGACUGCUUGUACGGAAUUCUCUUGUCCGGCUCGGAGGAAGAUGAUCACAUCAUACGUUGGGAGAUCUUGCUGCAUCUUGCCAUAGAAGAAAUUGGAUCGUGGGAAAGUGAUAUUAAAAACAACGAUUUUCAGAUGUUUCCUAGUUUGUCUGAUACUGACAUGCGUAAUAUUUAUCCUUUAGUUUUAAAGCAUCUUAAGAUUCUGCAGGAGAUAUUACCACGAUAUUUACCUACCUUCGACGCAAGGGAAUACAGGUGGAUCUGUGACCCCUUUAAAGUUCAUACACAAUCGGUUUCACUUUUUUCGAGCAAGGAAGCAACGGAAUUAGCAAGUCUUCAAUCUGAUUUAGAUCUUAAGGAAUUGUUUGAGAAUACAUCACUACUUGAAUUUUGGAUUUCGGUGAAAUCAGUGUGCCCUCAUUUGACAAAUAUUGCUCUACACAUGUUACUACACUUUUCAUCAGCGCGAUUACUUGACGAGGAAUACUCCGAGAUGCUGAACAUUAAGUUCAAGAAGACCUGGCGAUCUGUCGACGUUGAAGAUGAGCUACGAUUGUGUCUGUCUUGCUUUAGACCUUUUAAGUGA